GCUCCCAGGAGCCCCACAGACCCCGCUCGGCCCGCGCCCGGUCCGCCCCGCUGCCCCUCCCCGGGGCCAUGGGAGCGCCCCCAGGCUACCGACCCUCAGCCUGGGUGCAUCUCCUUCACCAGCUGCCCCGCGCAGACUUCCAGCUCCGCCCGGUGCCCAGCGGGUUCGCGCCCCGUGAUCAGGAGUACCAGCAGGCCUUGUUGCUCGUGGUGGCCUUGGCAGGCCUGGGUCUGGGCCUGAGCCUUGUCUUCAUCGCCGUCUACCUCAUCCGUUUCUGCUGCUGCCGACCCCCAGAGCCCCCCGGGGCCAAGAGCCCCCCACCUGGAGGAGGCUGCAUCACCUGGAGUUGCAUCGCUGCCCUUCUCGUGGGCUGCGCCAGCAUUGGCAUUGGUUUCUAUGGCAACAGCGAGACCAGUGAUGGGGUGUCCCAGCUCAGCUCAGCUCUGCUGCAUGCCAACCACACUCUCAGCACCACUGACUACCUGGUGCUGGAGACAGUGGAGAGACUGGACGAGGCGGUGCGGACAGAGCUGACCACGCUGGAGGAGGUGCUGGCGGAGCGCAUGGAGCUGGUGGCUGCAGCCAGGGGGGCUCGGCGGCAGGCCGAAGCUGUGGCCCAGCAGCUUCAGGGACUGGCCUUCUGGCAGGGAGUCCCCCUGAGUCCUGUGCAGGUGGCCGAAGAUGUGUCCUUUAUGGAGGAGUACCGGUGGCUGGCUUAUGUCCUUUUGCUUCUCCUGGAGCUCCUGGUCUGUUUCUUCACCCUCUUGGGCCUGGCGAAGCAGAGCAAAUGGCUGGUGGCCGUGAUGACCACCAUGAGUUUCCUGGUACUAGUCCUGAGCUGGGGCUCCACGGGCCUGGAGGCAGCCACAGCCAUGGGCCUCAGUGAUUUCUGCUCUAACCCAGACACCUAUGUGCUGAACCUGACCCAGGAGGAGACCGGGCUCAGCUCAGACAUCCUGAACUAUUAUUUCCUGUGCAACCAAGCGGUCUCCAACCCUUUCCAACAGAGGCUGACACUGUCCCAGCGAGCUCUGGCCAACAUCCACUCCCAGCUGCAGGGCCUGGAGCGAGAAGCUGUCCCCCAGUUCCCUGCAGCACAGAAGCCACUGUUGUCGCUGGAGGAGACCCUGAAUGUGACCGAGGGAAACUUCCACCAGUUGGUGGCGCUGCUGCACUGUCGUAGCCUGCACAAGGACUACAGUGCGGCCCUGCGUGGCCUGUGCGAGGACGCCAUGGAGGGUCUGCUUUUCCUGCUCCUCUUCUCCCUCCUGUCUGCCGGGGCCCUGGCCACCACCCUCUGCAGCCUGCCCCGUGCCUGGGCCCUCUUUCCGCCCAGUGAUGACUAUGAGGACACAGAUGACGACGACCCUUUCAACCCUCAGGAAUCCAAGCGUUUUGUGCAAUGGCAGUCUUCCAUCUGAGCCCCUCCUCCCUGCCAACCCAGAGCCUGCCUCCCCUCUUUGCUCCUUUCCUGGUGGCUGGAGGAGGCCUCACUAACCCAACCUGACUGGGCUGACCAUUAACACUACUGGCCACGGACACUUCACCCAGGAUGGCCUCCUGCCUGGGCCCUAGUGCUCUCCCAUUGGUCCUUAAGUCCUGGAGGCAGCAGAGCAGGGGCCGGAGCUGGCUGGGAAAGAGGCAGCUGUGUGUCAUUCACCCCUGGCUGCCAGUCCUGCCCUUGGAGGGACAGAGGUGGGGGCAGGGGCAUAGAUUCCCUCUGCCCCUUGCCACAUCCCAGUGUUCUCAACGUGUGACACUAACUUGGAAAGGGGUUGAUUUGAAAUAAAAGGAAAGACUUUAUUUUACAAGCAGCCAGGUCCUUCUCAUUUCUCCCCUCUCAAGGGGAGGCUGGUCCUGGCUGGGCUGGGGCUGACAGGAAAUUCUCUUCUUGUCUAGCUCAGCACAGCUAGAGUUCUAAAAGUUGUAGGCGUCCUAGAACUAGAUCUAAACAUGUGUGUCCAAAGGACUGAAGUUAAUCUUCAAGUGUGUGUGAAAUGUACGAGGUGUUUGGGAGGAGAAACUCUGUGAGAUCUACUUGGCUUUCCUUCAGUCCAACAAAUAAAUACUAAAUAUGUACCAGUGAGGGACAGAAGUCUUGUGGGAGACAUUAGAAGACCACUUGCACGUGUACAGCCAGAUGGCGUGUAGGGGAGAACUGUAAGCAAGAAAUCAAAAUCCAGAGGGGAAAAGAUAAGGUAUUCAGUGAUCGUUUAAAAUUACAGUAUAUCGUAAAGUCAAAAGGUACAAUGUGGAAUAAUGUGUGUAUGUUACUUUUAAAAAUAUGGCAAAGAAAUAUAUGAUCCUUAAUAAACAUCAUCUGCAAAAGCUUCCAUUUUA